GCCUGGCUCCGCCUCUGCUUCCCGCCGAUGUAUCAACCAAUCCAUUGCAUGCAUUCCAAGCUCAUGCUCCUCUUCCAUCCGGAAAAGCUGCGUAUUGCCAUUCCAUCUGCCAAUCUCCUGACGUUUGACUGGGGCGAGACGGGCGUGAUGGAGAACAGUGUGUUCAUCAUUGACCUGCCGCGACUCCCCGAUGGCGGUAAGGCGGAAGCGGAUGAACUGCCCCCAUUCGCCCAGGAACUACUCUACUUCCUUCGCCGACAGCAACUGGAUCGAGACGUGAGAGAAGGUCUACUCAAUUUCGACUUUUCUGCAACGGAAGGCAUGAUGUUCGUGCAUACAGUCGGUGGCAGCCAUUUUGACGAUGAAGCCGAGCGCACAGGUCUGUCCGGUCUGGCCCAUGCUGUCCGACAACUGGGACUGGAGUCUCAAGACGGGCUGCAGGUCGACUUCGCCGCUUCAUCCAUCGGCUCGCUCAACGACGACUUCCUCAAAACUGUGCACGCAGCAGCCAGGGGUGAAGACAUGAUAGCGCGAGCAGAAACAGCAACCACCACCACCAAACCCAAAGCAGACUUCUUCAAACCCUCCACUACGACCACACCUCGACCCCGUACCGCCGCCGCCACGCAGGACAUCCGCGACCUCCUCCGCAUCUACUUCCCCACCCACAACACCGUCACCGCCUCCAAAGCAGGCUCCGCCGGCACAAUCUGCCUGAACCGAAAAUGGUUCGAAAGCGAGAAAUUCCCCCGAACGUGCUUUCGCGACUACCGCUCCACGCGCACCGGCCUGCUAAGCCACAACAAAAUCUUG